UGAGCUGUAGCUCUCGGCGUGGAAAUCAGAAACAAAGCUGAAAAAGAGGAACAUUAGCAGGCAGCAAAUCAACAUCCAAGGACCAGCGCAAGAAUAAACCAGAGGCUCUGUUCCAUAAAGUCCAAACUCUGCUGGUGCCCGACGACCAUCUUGAAUGAAUGAGUGGGUGGGCCCCGACUUUAAUGUGGUGGGACCGCUGCAAAUCCCACCCAGCGAUGAAUUCUCCAUCUCAGAGAGCUCCCACCUCUUUGAUAUUCUGGCAGAUCAAGGCAGUCCUUUCCUGCAGGACCCUGACAUCUUACCCUUCACCUAUCCCAGCACGCAUUAUCCCUCCAUGGAGCCGACUAUGUCUUCCACACCAUACUACUCCAGUCAGAACUUCUACCCUCAGUACAACGGAGACGAGUGGUACUCACACACAGGGAUAUAUGAACUAAGGAAAGGACCCCUGGAGGUCGGCUAUGAUGCUGAGAUGGAGGAGGUGACGGCUGUAGUGCCUGCUGUGUGCAAGAGGACACGACACAUGUCACAGGCGGGAAGGGUCAAAGGGGAGGAACUGUGUGUGGUGUGUGGAGACAAGGCCUCUGGAUACCACUAUAACGCUCUAACCUGUGAGGGAUGUAAAGGUUUCUUCAGACGAAGCAUAACCAAGAAUGCUGUGUACAAAUGCAAGAGUGGCGGGAACUGUGAGAUGGACAUGUACAUGCGCAGGAAAUGCCAAGAGUGCCGGCUAAGAAAGUGCAAAGAGAUGGGCAUGCUGGCUGAAUUGAAGCCUUCAUCACCGCUAGCAGGCCUACUGACGGAGAUCCAGUGUAAGUCUAAAAGGCUGCGAAAGAACACUAAGACUUCCCCGGGACAGUCGACCGGAGACGAGACAGAAGCAGCGGACAACACAGACAACAAACAGGUCACUUCAACCACCAAACUGUCCAAGGAGAAAGUCGAAAUCACCAAAGAGCAGCGGGCACUUAUCAAAGCCAUCUUAGAUGCUUACAACCGACAUCAAAUUCCUCAAGAUGUGACCAAAAAACUGCUGCAAGAACAGUACAGUGCAGAGGAAAACUUCCUCCUGUUGACAGAGGUGGCAACUAGUCAAGUUCAAGUACUGGUGGAGUUUACAAAAAAUAUUCCAGGUUUUCUCUCUCUGGAUCGUGAGGAUCAGAUCGCUCUGCUGAAGGGCUCGGCUGUGGAGGCCAUGUUCCUGCGCUCAGCUCAGGUUCUCAGCAAAAAGAUGCCCAGCGGACACAUAGAGGUUUUAGAGGAGAGAAUACGCAAGAGUGGUAUGUCAGAAGAAUUCAUGACACCCAUGUUCAACUUUUACAAAAGCAUCGGAGAACUCCACAUGACACAGGAAGAACAGGCUAUCCUCACCACGAUAACCAUCCUGACACCAGACCGGCCUUACGUGAAGAGCCAUGAGGCGGUGGAGAGACUCCAGGAGACCAUGCUGGACGUGCUGAGGAAGCUGUGUGUCCUGCAGCACCCUCAGGAGCCGCAGUACUUUGCCCGCCUGCUGGGCCGCCUGACGGAGCUGAGAACACUACACCACUACCACGCAGAGAUGCUCACCUCCUGGAAGACCAACGACCACAAGUUUACGCCGCUGCUCUGUGAGAUCUGGGACGUGCAGUGACAAACCAGGAGAGGUGGAGAAGCCUGCAGAGGAAUGAUAACAUGAACAUUUCAAUUUGCAAGACAAAUACAGGGUACAAAUACAGCGCAUAUUUAGAGCGGAUGAUAUGAGGAUUUAGAAUUAAAUCCCUGCACCACCUGUUGAUGGCUUUAGUCAUGAAUCGGUGAAUGGUUUUCUUUAUUCUGCUCAUGGAUUGUUUAUGGCCUGAAACAUCUUCAUGUAUUUUCACUGUGAUUCAGCAAACUCUGACUUGCCUGUUUGUUGAGAUGUUUUCAGUGCAAAGAGGAACAUGUUAAAAGGUUGUGUACAACAAAACAUGUUAAAUCCGACUAGUACAAACACUGAAACUUAUUCAGCGCAACGAUGGUGCUCAUAAGGAGUGCUAACUUUAGAUUAUAUUAGCUUGUUUUAUAUUUGUGAAAGUCAUAGUACUUGCUAAAUCUACUUGCUGUAAAUACUACAUGCCAAAGGUGUAUGUUCUGCCUCAAUAAAUAACAAGAUUAACAGGAAAAAGGUUUACUUUAGAACAUUCUUCAAACCUGUUAUUUCACUAUUAAGGGGUACAUGUACAGACAUAACAGUUGGUACAUCUGAACAUUUUGUAUUCUUGUCCCCCCUUACUCUAUUUAAUUUAAUCUAAUUUAACUGAGCUAAAUCAUGCUCAAACUCCUCAAAUAAUAUGGGCAGAAUGUUACACUAUCAAUAGCUAACCCUAAGACUGAUGAAGGUCCCAUAUAUUACCUGCAACAGCUAACAAGAAAUGACUUAUUAUGCCUACAUUUCAGUGCUUGUAAGAGCUGAUAUUUCAUUUCAGUGGGGUAUCAGUAAUGCACCUCAAAUGCAGGAGCAUAACUGUGUUUUUGCACAGAUAAUUCCUUUUUGAUAAUUAAAAUAUAUUUACGAUUUG